GCGGAGCGCGCGCUCAUUGGUCAGUUGAUGUUGAAGAGUGAACUCGGACGCUUUUUCGGUACAACAGCAGCGGAGCCCGCCGUAUUGACACGGAAACGCUACAGAAACCGAUAAUUCACAUCGUAGCACUUAUAACUUGACCAAAACGCUGGAGUCGUUGUCAUCGAUAUCGAUUUCCUCCAAGGAACUGUUGCAUUUCACAUCAUUGCUUCACUGCAUCCCCUGAAGAUGUAUAUGAACAGCUUGCUGAAUCGCCGGAACGAGAUCUCUAGGAUGUGUGAGAUGGAUGUGGCUCCGGAGCCAGGGAGCCCUACGCUUCUGAGCGAGUCCACGGACAGCUACUGCCAGGUGGACCGCUGGCACCGCCUCCGCACCACCGUCCGCAAGCUGGAGUUCUGGGAGGACUUCAGUGCCGAGCUCAUCGGCUCCGGCUUCUUCUCCAAGGUUUACAAGGUGAUGCACAGUACCACACGGAAGGUAAUGGUGGUAAAGAUCUACAAGAACGACGUGGACCAAGACAGCAUCGUCCGUGAGAUCAGCCUGCUACAGAAGCUCUCCCACCCCAACAUCGUCAGGUAUCUGGGGAUCUGUGUGAAAGAGGACAAACUGUACCCCAUUCUAGAGUAUGUGAGUGGGGGCUGUCUGGAGGAGCUUCUUGGCCAGGAUGACAUCCCCCUGUGCUGGAGAGAGAAGGUGGACCUGGCCUGUGACAUUUCCAGAGGGAUGACCUAUCUCCACUACAAAAACAUCUACCACCGAGACCUCAACUCCAAGAACUGCUUGAUCCGAGUGACACAGCGGGGAAGGGAGGCGUUGGUGACAGACUUUGGUUUGGCCAGAGAAGUAGGGGAGCUGCCAGCCAACGACCCCGAGCGCAAGAUGUCUCUGGUGGGCUCGGCUUUCUGGAUGGCCCCCGAAAUGCUCAGAGGAGAACCAUACGACCGCAAGGUGGAUGUCUUCUCAUUUGGGAUAAUGCUGUGUGAGAUUCUUGCCCGAAUCCCUGCAGAUCCAGAAAUUCUGCCAAGAACACGGGACUAUGGCCUGGAUGUGGAGGCCUUCAGUGAGCUGGUGCCGGGCUGUCCCAAGCGUGUUCUAGAACUCUCUGCCAGCUGCUGCCAGAUGGAUGCGUUCCGCCGACCGUCCUUCUGUGAGGUUCUGGACGUGCUGGAGGACGUUGCAGAGAUACUGGAACCCCCCGACGACGUGGUGACCACCGGGUGAGGGAUGCGCUGUUAUCGCGCCCACCCUUCCCAAAAUGGGACCCUCCUCACUCAAAUGGACAGCUUGUGGACAGCCAUUUUGUGUUGUCUGUGAAGGACAGUGGCUGGUCUCUCUCUGUCUUUAUCUCGCUCGCUCUCUCUCUCUCUCUCACUCUGUCUAACUGCCUCUCUGUCCAAGGGGAAUCUAUGAAGAAAAGAGGGACGCCUUUUCUUUGUAAGCCUGGGCUGAAUCUCAGGCAGGUAUUUGGCACGUCCCCGAGGCCUGGCUGCUCACACUGCUGUGAAUGUGUGCUUUCUGUGUGAGCGAGACACACACCUCUGGACGGAGGCCUUCAGUCUUUCUUGCCUUCUCUCCCUCUCCCCCCCCCCCCUCUCUCUCUCUAUCCAUCCUUCUUUCUCUAAACACACGGGACAGAUGCCGUAGGUUUGGGUCCAGUGAUAAGGGCUGAUGGUUGACUUACAUUUUAAUGACCAAAAUUAUAGUUAGGACCAUGGCUUUAUUUGUUUUUUCACUCCAAGUUAGAUCGACGUGAUGGAUGUUGAAAGGAGAGCAUUUUGUACAUAUAUCUGUAAAUUGCAUAAGAGCGACUCUAACGUGCACAUUUUUCUAAUUGCCUUUGAAAAAGAAACUUGACCUAAAUGUAAUAUAAUGGCUCAGUGGGAGAAUAUAGUGUAUUACAACUGCUGUAACUGUGUUUGUCUCUUCAACACAACGCCAUGGUUACCAUACCAUUGGCUCUUAAGUCUUAACUGAUAUUCAAAUUGACUGACCAAAGUAUUAUAAGCACCAAUUUCACCAGACUGAAGGAGUAUUGUUUCAGCCUUGUCAUUUUCAUAUAGUCAUUAUAAUUAAUUUCUCUCCCUUAAUGACCUAGGGUGUGGUGACGUUCUAAUGAAUCACCUCAUGCCUGGAGGAUUUUUGUGGAGAAAAUAAUUAGACAUAAAUAAACCAAUGCAAAACAGGUGUUGUGUCACAUAUUAGUACAUAGAGCUUGUCCGUAUCCAUCUUGUGUGAACAGACACCAUCUAAUGCAGCUACACAGCACAAGAAUAAGCCCCCAUUCUUCUGGUCUUUAGGUUGCCCAGACUCUGAAUGUUGCCUUCUGGCCCAGAAAGUUCUGGUACACAUCGUGGGGUAUUUGUAAUGUCAGUCAAAUUCACCCACUUGCAGUAGGUCAGAAAGGAAAAGAAGAGGCACCCAUUCCUCUCUCUUCUUCUUCUUCAGUCAUAGACAGUCACCUUCUUGUUCUCUGGGAGUAGAAGAGACACUCGAUGCACUUAGCUACUACAUCACAGCCCUCUCAGGGUUUACUUUAAAAAGAAACCUGAACCAUGUGAAUGACUCUAACCCUUUUGUUAGACUUUGUAUUGUGGGCUGUCUUUAAACAUGUUUGUAUGAUUCCAUUUCUAAAGUUCCUUGUAAAUGCUCAGCCUUGCAUUUUGCAGGUAGAAUAUAUUUUGUUUACUACAUCAGAUCUCUGUUUGUAUUUUGUUUGUUAUAGAACCCUGUUGGAUAUGAUUUUCCUGUUUGUGCAGAAGGUGUUUGAUUAUUUUACAAAUGCCAAUAGAUUGAUAUAGAUUGUAAAGACAAUAAAAUAAAGUUACAUAAA